AUGGAUUUCCAAAACAGAGCUGGAGGAAAAACAGGAGGAGGAGGAGUAGCCUCUGCUUCAGAUGCAGGAGUUGAUAGAAAAGAACGUCUCAGGCAAUUAGCCUUAGAAACCAUUGAUCUCGCGAAAGAUCCUUAUUUCAUGAGAAAUCACAUCGGUACUUAUGAAUGUAAACUCUGUCUAACCCUCCACAAUAAUGAAGCGUCAUAUCUUACACAUACACAAGGAAAGAAGCAUCAGUCUAACUUGGCUAGAAGAGCUGCCAAGGAACAACAAGAGCUUCCCUACCUCCCAGCUCCUGCAGUUCCGAAAGUCGAAUUGAAGAAGUUUGUAAAAAUUGGUCGACCUGGUUAUAAGGUAACAAGAGAAAGAGAUCCUGCGUCUGGACAGCAAGCACUGCUUUUCCAAAUUGAUUACCCUGAAGUAGCAGAAGGAGUAAUUCCUCGUCAUCGUUUCAUGUCUGCUUACGAGCAAAAGAUUCAACCACCAGAUAAAAGAUGGCAAUAUCUGCUAUUUGCUGCUGAACCAUACGAAACUAUUGCAUUCAAAAUUCCUUCUAGAGAAGUCGACAAAUCAGACAAGUUCUGGUAUAUGUGGAAUAAGGACAGCAAACAGUUCUUCCUCCAGGUUGCAUUCCGUGUUGAUUCUCGUAUAAACGACGAUGUACCUCACAUGGCUCCACCAAUGAUGAGUCAGGCAAUGACUGCUGCUCCUCUCUACGGAUUAUUCUGA